AUGGCUACCACCACCCGGGCCCCUCCCGCCCUCUGGCUGGCUGCCAUCCUCUCCCUCCUCCUCUCCCUCCUCGUCCGGCCGCUCGAGAGGCUCUUCUACCACGCGGACCUUUGCGCCGCCUACCACGCCUCCGCCACCGCCGCCGUCUACCUCACCGCCUGCCUCAACGCCGCCAUCGCCGCGAAGCCCCGCCUGCGCCGCCGCCUCCGCGCCGUCCGCGACGACGCCGACCUCUUCGCCCGCCUCGGCCCCUGCAACCGGCUCCUCGUCCGCGCCUACCUGCGCGGCUGCUUCCUCCUGCCCAACCUCAUCGGCCCCGUCUGGGUCUGCCGCGUCGCCCGCCCCGACAGCCGCCUGCUCGACGAUCUCGCCCACCUGUACGGCUUCGCCGUCGCCCUCCUGCACGCGCCCCUGCUCGCGGGCCUGGCCGUCCGCCUCGUCGUCCCUCUCGCCUGCCGCGCCCUCCGCCGCGCCCUCGAGGCCGUCUCGCGCCUCGUUUGGCGCGCCUCUGCCGCCCUAGGCGACGACCCCGCUGCCGCGGCGCAGACGGCCCUCGCCGCGCUGCACGCCCGACUCGGCCGGCUCCCCGGACGCGUCGUCGACGCCGUCGACGGACGGCUGCUCAGGACCGAGCUGGCCUUCCUGCGGCUGGCGGCCGCCUUCCUCGCCGCCGUCUGCCUGAGCACGUUCUACGCCAUGGUCGUCGAUCUCUACAGGCCGUACCUGCAGCGCCUCGCCGUCCGCGCGACUGCGUGGGCCCUCAUGUCGGUCGGCGAUGCCGUCUUCGGCGUCGGCAUGCGGGUGGAGUCGAUUGUCGUGGAGAGGGGGUACUGGGAGGAUCGCAGCCUCUGGGAGGUCGCGGGCGUCGCGCGCGGCCUGGCAGGCAACUCUUGA